GCCCCACACAUUCUGCCUUUAAAAGAUUCCUCCUCCAAGUACAAAUGAAUGCCAUGCAUAUAUUCUCCAUUCACUCUCCACCCUUUUCUCAUACAAAUCACCUCUGCUUGUUCAUUUCCCUCCCUUUCCUCCUCCAUGAUUCCACAGUUAGAGAAACCUCGAGUCACGGAAAUACAGGUCCGGAUGGACUGCAAUGGGUGCAUACAGAAGAUCAAGAAGGCUCUGCAUGGUAUUAAGGGUAUAUAUGAUCUCUACAUUGACUUCCCGCAACAAAAAUUAACAAUAAUCGGUUGGGCAGAUCCUGAAAAAAUAAUCAAAGCCCUUAAGAAGGCGAGGAAAAUGGCCACCAUUUGUUCCCAUACAGAACCAACAGAACAACCAGCUCAGCCAACAGAGCCAGCGCCUGAAAAUGGGGCACCAGCUCCUGAAGCAGCAAAUCAACCUCCAGCAGAACCAGCCCCGCCAGCAGAAACAGCCCCGCCAACGGAAGCAGCCCCACCAAAAGACCCACUGCCACCUGAAAAUCUGCCGCCAGAGGUGAUGCCAUCCUCUGUAGCCAAUGCCAACCCUGCAAGCCAGGCAGCACAAUCCUCCAGACCGAAAGAUGUGGAAGAGGUUCAUGUCAUUUACCACCACCCACCUGACUACGGCUACAGAUUUGGCCCCCCUCAAAGCUAUCAUCAUGGCUAUGGCAGGCAAUUGAACAACUAUCCUAAUGGUCCAGGAAUCCGAUAUGAGCCUACCCCACCGGCUUACGUGACUCACAGCUACAACAGUUACAAGCCAUCACCUUAUGUUACCGAAUAUGAAUAUAUCCGAUCUCCACCACGAUACACACAUUACAGUAGACCAGAGCACUACAGUGAGGUCUAUCACAGCAGCAACAAUGGCAACGGAAAUAUCACUUCAAUGUUUAGCGACGAAAAUCCAAACGCGUGUAGAAUAGUCUAGAAGGAAAGGAGAGGUCAGUAUGAAAAGGAGCACUUUCUUUUGCCUCUGAGAGGAGACUUAGAGGAGAAAGUUAACCAAGAAUAAUCAGAGACAUUAUAUUAUUCAAUGGCAAAUAAUAUUUUCAAAUAA